AGUAAAAACGGGAAAUAAUUUGUGCGUUUAUUACCGCGCGAAAAAAGUAUGAAUUCCUGCAUUACAUUGUAUUCGAAGAAUUCAUAAAUUGAAAAAAUUCAUAUGAUCCUCUGACAUUGAUUGUGUUUAGAACUGAAAAGACGUCAACAUGAAAUGUGUUAUACUCGGGGGAAAUGUCAAAAUUUUGGCAAAAGCCAUACACAUGCUGGCAAAAAUUGGGGACGAGAUGUAUGUGAACCCACAGCAAGAAUUCAUAUCUUUUCGUACAGUCAAUAUGGCCAAGUCAGCAUAUUCUGACUUUACGUUUCACAAGAAUUUCUUUUCUUAUUAUGCCCUCGGAGAUCUUGAGAAAGAAGAAGCACAAAAGUGUAAAAUAUCUAUGAGAAGCGCCAUGACUCUCUUCAAAUCUGCACAUGCAAUGGACAAGCAUGUGGAGACCUGCCACAUUAAUCUGGAACCAAAUGCUUGUAGUCUAGAAUUCAUCUUGAAGUACAGGAAUGGCAUUAACAAGUCCCACUUGUCACCCAUCUUGGACGAUGAGAAGUUGCAAGCAUCGUAUACUAAGAUUGGCAUGAAAAACGAACUGAUGUCUCGGGCCCGAACAUUAGUGGACGCUCUACAGAAUUUUCAGUCGAACCUAAUCGAAAUAACACUUGAGGUAACGCCACAGAAACUGUUGCUCAGGAAUUACGUGGAUGAUACCUCAGGUCUGCAGAACACUACACGUACACAGUUGGUCCUGAGUGUCGGUGAGUUCGACCGCUACAUAGUAGAGAAUGAGACGGUUGUCACGUUCUGUCUGAAAGAAUUUCGAGCUUUUCUUACCUUCAGUGAAAGCGUAGGUGCUUCAGUUAGUGCACAUUUCGAGACUGCGGGGAAACCAGUGCUGUUCGCUCUGAAGAAUCAUAGCUUGGAGGUGAACCUAUUGUUAUCGACUUUGAGCCCGGAUUGCGACAGUCAAUCAGACAUCUCAGUUAUCAGCAGGCACGUGCAAUCUUUUCGCAAGAAGUCAACCUCGAGAUGUAAGUCGUCUUCUAGAGGGAACGUCAAAUCUGCGGGUAGAACGAAGAAGUCUGCUGCCAACCUGACAAUCAAUAAUACAUCCAAGAAGCGGGUCACGGAAGAGAUUAAUCAGAGGAAUAAGACACCUGAUCGAGCUGAGAAGGACGUUGCGGCGAUAUCGAAAACGGGAGAUCCCGCGACGAACAACGUAAGGGAGAGGAGUCAAGCCGAACCGGAGCAGAGUCAUUUAUUCGCCAUCAGUCCUGCCAGCACGACGUCGUCGACGACUCGCAGAAGAAUCCCGGAGAGCCACAGGAAAUUGGUGAAUUCGGUAUUCUCCAGCAUCACGAAACGGAAGUCGACGAGUGACAACGAGAACUUUUCCAUAAAAGAAGGACAGGCCAAGGAGUUCAUAGAUCCGAACGAAAGCAUACCACGCUCACCGCCGCGUCAACCGAUAACUAAGAGAGCUAGAGUAGUGUUUCAGAAGUGCUUCCAAAAUACAUUCGAUCCACGAAUGCUGCCCGGUCAUGACACAAUCCUGGUGGAGGACUCCGACGAGAACAACAGCGACUGAAUCUGUCGUGAAAAACCAUAGUGCGAAUUCUUAGGCCUUUUUUUUGUCUUUUUUUGUCAACCGUGUUGAGUGUAAAUCAAAGAAACGCGAGAUCGAUAUCGCGCAGGCGUAAUAUUUCGAGAGCAGAUCGAAAGGGAAGUUAACGGGACCCGUUUUACUCGAAAACGGAUAGUGCUCUUUGUGAAGACCAAUAUACGUUAAUUUAUACACAGAGAGCGUAUUAUAUAUAUAUAUAUUGUGGAAAUAUUUCACUGAAAUGUUAUUAAAUCCUUUCUACAGA